UCCCCCUCCCCCCCCCACGCAGCCGCCCCUCUCCUCCCCUGCAAAAGGGCCGGAUGCGACCCCCUCCCUGUCUCAAGGACGGAACCAGGACUCUCUGCAUCCCUCCGGAGGCUGAGAUGGAGCCCAGCGUGAAGACGGAAGAGCUGGACUCUGACAUGGGAGAAGGCACCGCCCAGGACAGGGAGCUCCAUGGAAGGACCGGUCCAGAGAGCCCCAAGGGCAGCAGCGCCCAGUGGGAGGAGGAGGAGCAGCGCCGGCGGCGUUUCCGGGCCUUUGGCUACCAGGAGGCCGAGGGCCCCCGCCAGGCUUGCAGCCGCCUCCACCGCCUUUGCCGCCAGUGGCUGGAGCCGGAAUGGCGGCCCAAGAAGCAGGUCUUGGACCUGGUGGUGCUGGAGCAGUUCCUGGCCGUCCUGCCCCCGGAGAUGGAGAGCUGGGUGCGGGAGUGCGGGCCGGAGAGCAGCGCCCAGGCCGUGGCCCUGGCGGAAGGCUUCCUCCUGAGCCAGGCGGAGGAGCGGCGGCAGGUGAGGGAGAGAUUCCCUCUGGGAGCUCCGCGGGGCAGAGACCUUAAAGGUCCCACCUCUCGUAUCUCUAAGAAAUGAGUGUCCCAUCCUCUG